AUGGAGGACUCUGGAGUUCGAUCGGCUACUAAAGCCUUAAUGCUGGGCUGGACCCAGCAGAUCUUGAUGCACUAUCCCUUUGAAAUGAGCGUCUGUUUGCUAAGCUCAGUCGCAUUGACGCAACCAACAAAGCCGCUUGAUGAGAUCCCUUUUACACCGCCUAUUUUGCGUCGUUAA